AUGGAGAAACUCUACGUCGCCGACCUCGGCACGAACGACACAUACGCCGUCAACCUCCGCGUCGGAUUCUUCGGCGGCUGCCUCUCCAUGACCAACACCACCUCCGGCCCCAGCAUCAGCGACGGCAGCGGCGCGACCGCGCACACGCAAUGCGUCACAAACAUGCGCAUCAAAGACAACAACGACCUGGGCGACCAGCUCCUGGACGACUGGCCCAUCACCUCCGCCGCCUCCGCCUCACUCCGCUCCUCCCUCAACCAAACCCUCGGCCUCGCGCGCCACCUGCAGACCGACGUCUUCCCGGCGUCGCCGCCGACCACGCACGUCGUCUUCCUGCUCAUCAGCGGCAUCCUGCUGUUCGCGCUGUCGACGAACCAGUCCAGCAAGCGCGGGUACAAGAUGCUGCUGGUGGCGGGCGUGCUGAUGGGCGCGUUUGCGCUGGCGCUGGGGUACUUGGCGAGUAUGGGGGCGUUGCGGGCGCUGAAUGCGCUGGUGGAUGGCGAUUGGGAGGUUGAGCGGAAGGGGGUGGGGGCCGAGGGCGUGACGGUGCAGAGGGCGGGGAGGCUGUGGUAUAUGCAGUUGGCGCAGCUGGUGCUUGUGUCGGCGUUUUAUGUUUUUAUGGGGAUGAUGUUUGUGUGA